AUGUCCCCCAACUUGACGCUGGCCCUUAGACAGACGUUUGCUGAUAUCCUCCAGCCCGGAGCGCCUCCGCACCGCGGCGCCUCGUCCGACGAGAUGCCGAGCAGCCUGCCGCCCACCACCCGUGACUACAUUGGUCGCACAGCAGGCUUUCCUGAGGUGAGUUUUGGCGACGAUCAUGAUUCACUCGCAAUCGGGUUGGACAGGGUCCAAGUGCUCCUGGGGGUCAAUGUCAUCCGGGAAGACACCGAAGAGCGAGGGCGUGCAAGAGGACAUUUCUUUGUCCGUGACCGUUGUUGCAUGCUCUGA